UCUGGUACGACUUGUCUUGCACCGGUAAACCCAAAUUUUAGGAAACAAGCAAUGGUUAUGAAAAUGUUAAUAAUUUGAUACGAAAUUAGCUCAAUUUGAACCUAUUUAAAUUUAUUUAUAAUGGAAAGGCAACCAGCUAAGGAUGCUAAGCCUGGAUUUCUAUCUAUAUUGACUGGCGAAUGGAUAGAUGUUCUAGAUUCAGCCAGACAUGGAAAAUGUCGCAGUGUGUCAGAGUUUGAGAAGCUUAGCAGGGUAGGAGAGGGCACUUAUGGAAUUGUUUAUAGAGCAAGAGAUAGGAAGACAGAUACAAUUGUGGCAUUAAAGAAAAUGAGAAUGGAAAGAGAAAAGAAUGGAAUUCCUGUCAGUGGAUUGAGAGAAAUUAACAUUUUGUUAAAUUUACGGCAUCAGAACAUAGUGGAACUUCAAGAAGUAGUGGUUGGAAAAAGUUUAGAAAGUAUUUUUCUGGUGAUGGAAUACUGCGAGCAGGAUCUGGCCUCACUUCUAGACAACAUGUCCUCUCCUUUCUCAGAAGCUCAGGUGAAAUGCAUCAUGCUACAGUUGUUUAAAGCCUUAAGAUAUCUACAUGAGAACUUUAUAAUACACAGAGAUCUGAAAGUCUCCAACUUGUUGAUGACAGAUAAUGGGAGUGUCAAGAUAGCUGAUUUUGGGUUGGCCAGAAAAUAUGGACUCCCUCAGAAACCCCUGACACCAUUAGUAGUGACCUUGUGGUACAGAGCACCAGAGCUACUGUUUGGAUCCAAGGAGCAAACAACAGCAAUAGAUAUGUGGUCAGCUGGCUGUAUAUUUGGGGAGUUGCUUGCCCACCGACCUCUCCUCCCAGGGAGGUCAGAAAUCCACCAAAUCGAGCUCAUCAUAGAAAUGUUUGGGACCCCAAAUGACAAUAUAUGGCCGGGAUUUUCCAAGUUACCUGCAAUGGAAACCUUGUCACUGAAGAAACAGCCGUACAACAACAUUAAGCACACAUUUCCAUGGUUGACAGACUCUGGAGUGCGGCUCCUCAACUUCCUCUUCAUGUAUGAUCCAUCUAAAAGAGCAACUGCUGAAGAUUGUUUAGAUUUUUCCUACUUCAAAGAACAACCAUUCCCAUGUGAUCCAGAAUUGAUGCCCUCAUUCCCUCAGCACAGACUGAAGAGGAAAGCUCAAGCUGACAGGGAAAAGUCAGAAGGAAGCAAUAAGCAGACAGAGCCUACAGAUUCUCUCCCCUUACCAUCAUCAAAAAAAAGAAGAUCAAAGGAUUGAGAGUGAACCACUGUGACUUGACCCCAAAACUGGAGAUCAAAAUGAAGAUUAAUAUCAGGAUGGAGAAGUUUCUGGAUAGAGAGGAUUUUUAUGUCCAACUUUAACCUUGAUUUCAAUUUGAAAAUCAUUUUGCUCCCUCAGAGUGCUGGACACAAGGUUAGACCCUGUGUAGAUAGACACAUUCUGACACAAGGUCACAGGUUCCGGUACUUUUGCAAAAUACAUGUACAUUGGUUAAUUGAAUUAUAGUUGUUAUAUACCGGGUAGUAGGAUUUGUAAUUUACACCCUUACAAUUAAAUUAAUGCUCAUGAGAAAAGUUAUUGACAUUUAUUAUAAAAUUUACUUGAUUUUUAUCAAGUUUGAUUAUGUAUUACCAGGUAACCAUAAGUAAGAGAAAUUAUUUACUCUGUAUCUACAUUACAGGCUUUGUACCAAAAUCAAGUACAUAUAUUUUGAAGCCUUUCCUGAAAUAAUGCAAUACAUUCAUUAAAAAAAAAUCCUA